UGCUUUCUCCCCCUACUUAGCUGACCGUUAUAAUCAGGAAACACUUGGCUUGCCAGCUAGAGCAACACGCACAAUACCUUCAAAGGGCCAAGAGGCCGAAUUAUAUAACCUCUGGGUCUAUGAUAAAGGCUGUGGAAUGCAGGAGGGUAAAAGAUGACCAUUAUGGAUGACAGCAAAAGUCCUAGAGGAUCAGAAAGUGCAUGUCCGAGGCGAGGGGUACCAUAAGGCAAACAGCGACAGAGCAGCAAAUCUCAGAACUUGAUGGCAGGAGCAGAAAUCGGCCUCCGAAAGACGGACUCCCAAUCCAAAUUGAAAUGGAGAGGGCAAAAAAGAAUGAAGAAACAGAAGAAAUCCUUGCAAAGCUGGACCGCAUGAUGCCCAAUGUCACUUUCAGGGAUAUAAAUAAUACCACAAGUGCCAAGAACAGCAAAGCCACCAUUUUGAACCACAAAGACUCUUACUGUGUAGGAGAACACUUGAUGGUCCGACUGGAUAUGUAUGACCACUUAGGAAAGAGGAAGGAGUAUGGAGGAGACUUCUUAAGAGCAAGGAUCUACUCUCUGGAUCUCAAGGCUGGAGCGUCUGGGAGUAUCAAGGACUUCAGGAAUGGGACAUACCUGGUCAAUUUCACCUUAUUUUGGGAGGGGAACGUCAGAGCCUCCAUCUUGCUCAUCCACCCUAGCGAAGGAAUUUCCGCCUUGUGGGCUUCGAGGAAGAAAGGCUACGACAAAAUUGCUUUCACGGGUAAAUUUUUGAAUGGAACAUCUGAAGUCACCACUGAAUGUGGGUUUAACCUGACCAGAAAUGCAGAACUGUGUGAAUAUCUGGAUGAGCGGGACCAAGAAGCCUUCUACUGCCUCAAGCCAAAACACGUGCCGUGUGAUGCUUUCAUUCGCCUCAAGUCCUACAACAAACCCGUCUCGUAUCUGACAACGCUGGAACAAAGUCUUUUCAAGAGGUCCAACAUUGGAGUUCAGAUCCCUCAGAUGACUGGGGAAAUCCAUGUUGUACAAUGUGAAGACAACCAGACAAAGGCAAGUGAGAAAUGCAGGCUUGAGACAAACCCCCCAUUUCCCAGUGGCUUUGUGUGGCAGAACCAGUGGCACCCUCUCUUCUGCAACCUCUCCAUGUUCAACGCCUUGGAGCAGAUUCAGACGUGCUUGAAAGGCAAGCUGGUCUAUUUUAUGGGGGACUCGACUGUGCGCCAGUGGAUGGAGAACCUCAAAAGAAGAGUGCCCAACCUUACCUAUCUUGAUGUCCAUGUGGGUGAGAAGCCACAGAAAUUAAUUGCUGUCAGCACUUCCCAAAACAUUCAGAUCCAGUGGAAAAAACAUGGGCACCCUUACAUUGGCUCCCUUGAGUACAUAGUCAAGGACCAUUCCUACAUCACUCGGGAUAUAGACGACAUAGCUGGUGACAAAAAUACGGUUCUGGUCAUUUCCUUGGGCCAGCACUUUCGUCCCUUCCCAAUAGAGUUCUUCAUCCGAAGGGCGAUCAACAUCCGUCAAGCCAUCCGGCGUCUCCUCUUAAGGAGUCCGGGCACCAGAGUCAUCAUAAAAGGAGAGAACAUACGAGAGAUGGACAUAAACCAGGAGCGAUUUAGUGAUUUCCAUGGCUAUGCUCAAUACCUUGCAGCAAAAGAUGUUUUUCGGGAUCUCGAAGUGGCUUUCCUUGAUGCGUGGGACAUGACAGUCGCCUACAACACAAAGGACGUUCACCCUCCGGACUACGUGGUUUGGAAUGAGAUUAAUGCGGUUUUUAAUUCUAUAUGUUAAGACUGAUGGAAAUUGAAUGUGAAAACUGUAACCAUACAAAAGUGGAGGACUGCAGCAGCAUCACUUCAAGAUAUGGGAUGCUUUACCAAAUAUCAGAUUUAAGUAGUUCGUUGCACCAGUUCGGUGAAUUUGGGGGGGUUGUUGCACUUUGCCACAUGGACAAUAUGGCUACCCCAGAUACAUUUUCUGGGUUUCCAUAAAAAUAGGAGACGGUAUAGGAAUUUUUAAUCAUGCUGACUUGGUUCAGGAGAUAGAAGUUAGAUUUCAUCAAUAGGAAACUAAAAGAAUGUCUCUUCAUCUUCCACCUUUUAUAUUUGUAUUUAUGGGGCUGUUGCGGGAGAGACUGUGAGCACUGCGGUGCUGGAACAUAUUUUGUAGUGAUUUUGCACAUCCAGGGACAAAUUUCUAGUAAAACAAAGAAUACCA